GUUCAGUGGUACCCUGUGAGCUCAGCCUGCCCCGACCUGCCGCGGGACACGUCCCAGUUGUGGUGCACUACCCAGCCAUGCUGCUCUUGCUCUGGGAUAGCAUCUCCUUCCAGAUGCUCCUCAUCUUCCUCACUGUCUUCCUGCUCGUUGCUGACUACCUGAAGCGCAGGAAGCCGAAGAACUACCCUCCCAGCCCCCUCGCCCUCCCCUUCAUUGGGCACCUCUACCUGAUGGACAGAAAAAAUCCUACCAAGAUAGUGCAGAAGAUUAGAGAAAAAUGCGGGGAUAUCUUCAGCACACAGGUGGGAAGCACAUCAUUUGUGUUCAUAAGUGGGCAGAAGCUGAUCAAGGAAGUUCUUGUAAACAAAGGAGAAGACUUCAUGGAUCGCCCUUAUGUCCCUCUGGACCAGGAGAUCUUCAACCAGAAGGGACUGAUUUCAUCCAAUGGGCUCUUAUGGAAGCAGCAGAGGAGGUUCGCCUUGAGCACCCUCCGGACCUUCGGGCUGGGGAAGAGGAGCCUGGAGGAGCGCAUCCAGGAGGAGUGUCGGUACCUGGUCGAUGCAUUUGGAGAGGAGCAGGGGAGUCCUUUCAAUCCUCAUUUUCAGCUCACUAAUGCUGUUUCAAAUAUCAUCUGCUCCAUCACCUUUGGCAACCGCUUUGAAUACCAUGACGAGGACUUCCAAAAAUUGCUGCACCUCCUGGAAGAGACAGUUAGGCUCCAUGGGACCAUAGCAGCCCAGCUGUAUCCAUAUUUCCCAUCUAUAAUGAAAUUGUUACCUGGAUCCCACCAAACUGUUUUAAAAAACUGGAAGGUGAUGAAAGCUUUUGUGAUGGAGAGGAUUGAGAGACAUAAGGAGGACUGGAACCCCUCAGAGAGCCGAGACUUCAUUGACAGCUACCUGCAGGAGAUGGCCAAGGGUGACAGCAGCAAGAUCUUCCAGGAGGAAAACCUGGUGGCCUGUGUGCUGGACCUGCUGCUUGCCGGGACCGAGACCACUUCCACCACCCUGCGCUGGGCUCUGCUCUAUAUGGCUGUGCACCCAGAAAUCCAAGCCCGCGUGCAGUCCGAGAUUGAUGUGGUCAUCGGGCAGAUGCGGCAGCCAGCCCUGGAGGACAGGGACAAAAUGCCCUACACCAAUGCUGUCAUCCACGAAGUGCAGAGGAUAGGCAACAUCAUCCCUUUCAAUGUGCCAAGGGCACCGACCAAGGACACGGUUGUGGGUGGCUACACCAUACCAAAGGGUACUUUCACAAUGACAAAUUUAACUUCUCUGAUGUUUGAUGAGAAUGAGUGGGAAACCCCCCACACUUUUAACCCUGGGCAUUUCCUGAAGGAUGGUCAGUUCCACAAAAAGGAGCUUUUCAUACCUUUUUCUGUGGGGAAGCGUGCCUGCCUGGGCGAAGUGAUGGCCCGCUCCGAGCUCUUCCUCUUCUUCACAGCUCUGCUCCAAAAAUUCACCUUCCAGCCACCCCUGGGAAUCACCUACAGCCUCAAGCCCAAGCUGGGCAUCACUAUGGCCCCAGAGCCCUACAAGAUCUGUGCCGUGCCUCGGUAGGGAAGCUUUAACCA